ACCACCAUCGGGCUACAACCACCACACUAGCAAGGGAGCAUCAUAGUGGUAGCAGCAGCAGCAGUAGCAGCAGCAACACACCAGCACCUCCAGGUUCCCUCUGCUGGUGUGUGCCGAUGCCGCAGUAGCGACUGCCUCUCUGGCCCGUAUAGAUUUUCAAUUAGACCGCGCGAAACGUGGAAAAUAAUGUGCCGCUCCGACACCUGCUGACCGUUCCCGAAGGUCGCUCGUCCGGGUGCCCCUGUGUCCGACGUACCGCACCUCUUCCAUACCACGUCGUUGCCCCGAGAUCGUAGUCGUCGUGGCCGAGGUGUACACCUGGUGGACGGACAGACAAACGGACAGAGAAAGAGGGAGAAAGACAGAUCGAUUUCAGUCUCGUGUGCGUGAACAGUGCCAAAAGGCCAAGAGGAUGGCCAGCCAGUGACGAGAUCUUCGAAUGGUCCACGGUCCAUGGGGUCGCCAGAGAGGAUGCCGUUUCCGGUGAACCACAGGACCCUGCUGUCCAGCUUCGUCGCUCUCUCCGCGUUCAUACUACACUCAGGUAUCGUGGCUCUUCGUAUGACGGCCCUACAGAUACCACAGCACGUCGUUCUAAACGAAACUGUCCGUAUGCAGUGCAACUUCAACCUGGACAAAGAGGUAUUGUACUCGGUGAAAUGGUACAAAGACGGCCAUGAGUUCUAUCGUUUCGUGCCUAGGGACGAACCCAUGGUGCAGACCUUCCGUGUUCCUGGCGUAAACGUGAACAUACACAAUUCCACCAAGAUAUCGGUAGUAUUGAACAAUGUGAAUCUUACUAGUUCAGGGAGAUAUCGAUGCGAGGUCUCUGCCGAGGCUCCCGCCUUUCAAACCGUGUCUGAUCACGCAGACAUGACGGUAGUAGUUCUUCCUGACGAAGGACCACGAAUAACCGGUGGUCGUUCCCGCUACCAAGUAGGGGAGGUGGUCCGCAUGAACUGCACAUCCGCACCCUCAAAACCGGCCGCCCUGUUAACUUGGUUCAUCAACGGCGACCCGGCCGAUACCCAGUACCUGAAGGGACCGCACAUUACCGCCGUAGACGAGAAGGGCCUGGAAACCGCGGUAUUGGGCUUGGAGUUUCGCGUUGCCAACAAACACUUCAAGCGUGGCGACAUGAAGCUCAAGUGCUUGGCGACAAUAGCGACCGUCUAUCUGCAGAGCAAAGAGGAGAGCGUGGAAGGAGACGAGAGGAUCCUGAAAGCCCCGGUGAUGGAGAGCCGCGAGACCAGGGCACAGAGCCACACGCGCAACGAUUUAAUCAAUGGUAAAAUCCCCGGGAGUGAGGCAACCACGAUAUUCAACCGGAUGAUCAUUUUUUUGAUCACGGGAAUCAUCCUAGCUCGAUAAUAACGACAAUUGUUUUUCACGUUGCUUCCUAAGAGUGUAAAACGAGUACGUUAGGAGAUUGUUCCCAUCGUAUCUAAUACUAAUUUUUAAGCCGCGUAAUCGUAAUUAAAUAUCAUAUCGAUAAACAUAAGGGUGACGUUCGACUAGACGUCUUCGUCGUACAAGUAGUGACAGAUCUAUCUAACUCUCUAUUUCCCCCUUUUUUAAUUUCAAUUAAACCAAAUUCGAUUCACUUACCAUCAUUUAAAAGAAAUUAAUCUUGAAAUUACUUUCGAAAAAUUAAAUUAAUUCAAAAUAUUUGAUUAACAAGAUUAAAAUCAAAUUUUCAGAAUAUUUAUGUGUACAAUUUCUCAAAGAAAAUUAUGAAGAAAAAUUCUUUAUAUAUUUGUAGAUCUGCCACUAGUAAUAAACCAAAAUAUGUUCUAGGCUCUAAAUGUAUUCUCGCGUGAAGAAAAGGUUUCAUUUAAAACAUAUCCAUGGAACUACCAAAGGGAGGGAGAGAAAGUAAAACAAUAAAAGAAAAUACAACACAGAAUAAAUUACUCAAAGAAAAGAAACCAAAGGAAGCAUAAAUCCGUCUCUCCAUAUGCAUAUAUAUAUGUAUAUUAUAUAUAUGUUAGGUCGUCCAGAGAUCCUUUUAACAAAUGACAAGGAAGUUCUUAUUGCUUUCCUAUACAUUGAAACAAUAUUAUUUUUACUACAAUUUUAUAAGGGUACUUCUAUUUUUACUGCAUAUCAUUUUUUAUACAUUUGACAAAAAGAAAGGGGGAAUCUCUAUAUGGAAAGCACAUGUCUUUCCAUCUCAAAAUCUUGCUAUUGUGUUGUACAAAUGCAAUGGAAAGCAAUCAAGAACAAUUUUUGAUAGCUAGCUUCACAAACGGAUGCUGGGUAAUUAUUAUUUCCACUAAAUUGAUGUCAAUUCAUUAUGCCAUGAACUAUAUGCUUUUGUUGUAUAACAAGUCUUCUUAAAGAUAUUUUAAAUAACAGAAACAUACAAAUUUUAAGUAAAUCUAUAUCGUUAUAAAGAUAAUAAUGUAUUCAAAGUUCUAUUCAAUGAAUUCUGGUAUUAACUGAAAUUGCAAUUCUUGAAAAAUGGAAUACCCAGUGGUGACAUAAAUGGUGCAUCGCAUACAACGUAAUCUCAGCUACAAUACUUUAGGAGCGUAUAUUUUUAUCUAGAUUUUUACAUUCAAUGAUCGUGUGACUUCAUCACGUUUCAAGUUUUCCCGCGUAAAUACGAGGAAUUGAGGACAGUUUGGAAAUAGGCGCCAUUAUAUGAAAACCACGUUUUAAGCGAAACGUUUUAAUGCGGGGAAUUAUGUAUAAAAGUGUGUUAUGUCGACAUUUUAACUAAAAAUAUCCUCGCUUUCGUAUGUUUGUACAAAUUUUCAUUUACGACUUUAGCUCAGGGCCCGGAGAUUUAACGAUCCACCCACGAAAUAUACAUUUCAAAAAUCCAUCUUUCUUGUAAAAUUGCUAGACAACGAAAUUUCCAAAAAUGAUACUAAUCCAAUUUUUCUUCAAAUUAUUCUAAUGAUAUCUUAAGGCUAUUAAACACUAUUGUACAUCUAAAUUAUUUACAGUUGUCUUCCUGCACAAAGCAAUUUCACAAGAAAGAUCGUUAAUUAAACAUUGUUAAUGCUACUUAUCGUUAUUUACUGCGAAAAUUUUAUUGGUGAAUUAUUUACAUUGUUAUUUCUAGACUACGGAUGUUUAUG